CGGUGUUUGGUGGAUGCUGAUUGGCCAGUCGUGUUCUACGGAGUUGGCGCCAUUGCAAGCCUCCGUGCUGUCUACAGAGCGCUCUUUCACAGAUUUUCUAUUUCCUAUUUUCUUGCCAGUAUUUGUGGUUAAACAACGACACAAUGGCUGAUAAAGAGGAUAUUGCUUUUGCAGGUGCAUUUGAUGAUGCCGUGGAGGAGAGGGUGAUCAAUGAGGAGUACAAGAUAUGGAAGAAGAACACGCCUUUCCUCUACGACCUGGUCAUGACACACGCCCUGGAGUGGCCCAGCCUCACCGCCCAGUGGCUGCCUGAUGUCACCAGGCCAGAGGGGAAAGACUACAGCGUACACAGGCUGGUUUUGGGAACACACACAUCUGAUGAGCAGAAUCACCUUGUCAUUGCUAGUGUUCAGCUUCCUAAUGAUGACGCGCAGUUUGAUGCCUCACACUAUGACAGCGAGAAAGGAGAGUUUGGAGGUUUUGGAUCUGUCAGUGGGAAGAUAGAGAUUGAGAUCAAGAUAAACCAUGAGGGGGAGGUGAACAGAGCCCGCUACAUGCCUCAGAACCCUUGCAUCAUCGCCACUAAGACCCCCACCAGUGACGUGCUGGUCUUUGACUACACAAAGCACCCCUCUAAACCUGACCCUUCUGGAGAGUGCACCCCAGAUCUGCGGUUGCGAGGCCACCAGAAGGAGGGCUAUGGUCUCUCCUGGAACCCAAACCUCAGCGGCUGCCUCCUCAGUGCCUCUGAUGAUCAUACAAUCUGCCUUUGGGACAUCAGCACAGUGCCCAAAGAGGGAAAGGUAGUGGAUGCCAAGACCAUCUUCACAGGCCACACGGCCGUGGUGGAGGAUGUUUCCUGGCACCUGCUGCACGAGUCUCUCUUUGGAUCUGUGGCCGAUGACAUGAAACUCAUGAUCUGGGACACGCGGUCCAACAACACCUCCAAGCCCAGCCAUGCAGUGGACGCCCACACUGCUGAGGUCAACUGCUUAUCCUUCAACCCCUACAGCGAGUUCAUCCUGGCCUCUGGCUCUGCAGAUAAGACCGUGGCUCUUUGGGACCUGAGAAACUUGAAGCUGAAGCUGCACUCGUUUGAGUCUCACAAGGACGAGAUCUUCCAGGUUCAGUGGUCUCCUCAUAACGAAACCAUCCUGGCCUCCAGCGGCACCGACAGGAGGCUCAAUGUGUGGGACCUCAGUAAGAUCGGAGAGGAGCAGUCACCAGAGGACGCUGAGGACGGCCCCCCUGAACUGCUGUUCAUCCACGGCGGACACACGGCGAAGAUCUCAGACUUCUCUUGGAACCCCAACGAGCCGUGGGUCAUCUGCUCUGUAUCAGAGGACAACAUCAUGCAAGUCUGGCAAAUGGCUGAAAAUAUCUACAACGAUGAGGACCCAGAAGGCGCCGCAGAAUCAGAAGUCCAGGCGUGAUUCUCUCCACACCUCUUCAUUUCACCUGCUUUUUGCAUCUAUUUUCCAGUGCUGGGUGCAUAUGCAUUUUUCUCAAAAUCCUUUUUCUUGGGAGCUGUGUUUUUGAAAAAUGUUUAAAGUGCAUUGUCAUCUCUUCUUGAGGUAUGUAAAGUAAGUCUGUAUUUGUCAGAUAUUUUUUGUUUUUCAAUGUCCCAGUGCUUCACUUUUGGCUCGCGAUGACACCAUCGCACCUGUGUUCAACAUUCAGGUUUGCUUUUCGAUGGUUUCCUUUCUUUCAUCCUGAUUCGUUGUGCUGAAAAAAGAUUCUACGAAGAUCCAUUGUUAAUUAAAAUUGUACAUACUAUAGGUUUUACUUGUAUUAGCUUGGUAUACAUAGAAUUCAUUUUCCAGAUUGUGUGUGUAACUUGUUUGUUAUUUCUCUGUUUUUGUUUUUCUGUGUUGCAUCUGAUCUCUUGUGUACUUAAGUAUAUUCAUAAUAAAAUAUUUACA